GGGUGGCAUGGUUGCAGGGGACAACGCAGAUGUCCUCGCCCUUCGUGUGCGAACGUUGGAGAAGUACAAGCAGAACUACGAGUUGCUGUGCAGUCAGCUGGGUGAGCUAAAUACACAAGUGGGUCUGCAGCUCCAACGGCAUGAAAUGGAUGUCGCGGCCCUUCAUAAGAUCAUUCGGACUCUCGAAAAGGAUAAGACGGAGCUUCAUGCAAAGGUUGCGGAGUCUGAAGCCAAAGUCGCAAGCCAUGACAUGGUCUUGAAGCACGACAAGGAAUACACUGAGCGCAUCCGCGAGCAGCUCGCAACGGCGGCCGACUUGCUCAAGACAAGCGAGAGAAACCAUGCUGAUCGCGAGCGAGAGAUGGCGGCCAAAGUUCAGCACAUGCAGCACCUGAUAAACGUCGAGAUGAACGAGAAAAGCGUUCUCAAGCGUGCGUUGGCACUAGCUGAAGAGCAGCUGCAGCUGCAUUGUUCGACGCCACCACCACCACCUCCACCCAUGCCAGCACCCCCGACGUUUGAAGUUGAAUACCACAGCUUGACCAAAGAACACAAGAAGCUCAAGCGUCGGCUCGAGGACCAGCAGAACGCAAUCCAUGGUCUGCAAGUGCAGUUGCAAGCAGGAAUCGAAGAACGAAGUCGAUUCGAGCGGGAGUUAUCCACCGCCAAGCAAUAUCAUGCUGCACAAAUAGCACCGAUGCAGGAAGAACUGGUGCAUCUUCGAGCCGUGGCUGGUGAAAGCAAGGCCCACGCCGUAGCAUUGGAGGGCCAGCUGGACCAGAUCGACCUCCAGAAGCAAAAGUGGCAAGCAGCUCAAGACAAGCACUUACGCGACGUGGAAGCGACGAACGCGACACUCAUGGCACAAGUCGAGGACCAGUCCAAGUCGAUGCACGCGUUGGAGCGAAAAGUACGCGAGGUCAAAGGGCGAUGGAAGGCCGACCGCGACAAGCUCAAGGCGCAGCGGGAGGCUCUCAAACAAGAGUGCGCGGCGGCCCUGCAGAAACUGCACGACGAAGUGCACGAACGCCACGCGCAGUGCACGUUGGCCCAGCAGAAGAACGCUCUCCUGACCCAGGAAAUACACACGAUGCAACAAGUAUUCGCCCAAAUCCAAUGCAUGGAAGAUCAUGUGCGAGACUCGCUGGUUGGACGCGCGCGGCAGCGGGUGCUCUCGGACCGACAUAUUCUCGAAGCUGCGAUUCGAGAUCACGUGCAAAAUCACCAACCAGCACCACCACCGUCCCCCACACCAGCGUCCCCCACGGCGUCGGUGUCAACAAGGUUGUACAAGCGAUGACCCGUGCAAAACGAGCGCUACAUCCACACUCCAACACUCAUGGGAUAACAUAAGUGUUCCUGAAGGUCAUACAUAUAAGCGUAUGCGUUUUGGCCAUGUCGGAUGUUGUAUGUAUGUACAGUAGCACAAGGCCUGGAUGAACCCAAGCUUAUAUUAUUGACAUUCCCAGUGUCCGUACAAUUUGUGCGUUAUCGUCAUGACUGGGAGGUUGUGUUGAUAUGACGUCAAUAC